GUCGCUAGUGCAGCUUGACUUCGGAGCCGCUCGGUCCGGGUCGGCUCUGCUCGGGUUAUUGUCGUCCCGCCCUCCACCGGAGCGGAGCGAGAUGAAAACCGGAUCCCAGUGUCGGACAGUCUGGACAGAGCGGACCGGGACCAGCGGAGCGCGGAGCGGAGCGGACCCGGACUUCAGGCGUCGUCCUGCGGAGGAUUCUGCGCUCGGAGGCCGCGGAGCGACAACGAGCGGGUCUCCGCAGCGGAGCCGGGCUGCGGUGCUCUGCUGGCGGCUGCAGCUGCACGCUGCGACCCGCUGAACGGCGGAGGACGGACCGGGAGACAUGUACCAGGUCCAGGGGACAGGUGAAAGGGUCGUUGCCAUGGUGCUGAAGGAGCUUCCUGCUGACCCCCCCGUCACCGUGACAACCAAGCUGGUCAGGGAGCAGCAGGAGAGUCGUCCCCUGCUGAGCCCCUCCAUCGAUGACUUCCUGUCAGAGAGCCGCAGUGACGCCCCCUCCACCAGACCGCUCACCUCCAACACCGCAGUCCUGUCCACGGCUCUGGACCUGGUGGACCUCAGCGAGCCAGGGCACAGCAACAGCACCAGGGAGUCCAGGAGGAGUCCUCUGAGGAGAAAGGGCAGCUCCAGGAGCCCGCGGCGCCGCACCAGACCGGAUGAGACGGAGCUGAUCCAGGUGGAGGUGGAGCACCAGCCCGCCAGCCCCAGAACCCCGGAGAGGGUCUCCCUGGACUCAGUUAGUCUGUCGUCUCCUCUGGAUAAAUGGGACGAGGUCAACCUGGACGUGGAGGACGGAGGACGCAGGAGACGAUACGAGAAGAAAUGCACCUCCCAUCACUCGUCAAGCGAGCUGCUGUGGUCUGCAGAGUUUAAAACUGAUCCGCUAACCAAGAACUCCUUCGACAUCCACAGCUUCGACGAUCUCGACUUUAUAUCUUCAACACAGGACUGCGUGGCGUCCCGACAGCGCAGACGGACUCGUUCCCUUCUGGCCAGAAACGAGUCUCUGGAGGACGAGUUUGUCAGAGCCAAGGCUGCUGUGGAGUCGGACACAGAGUUCUGGGACAAGAUGCAGGCUGAGUGGGAGGAGCUGGCUCGGAGGAACUGGCUGGAGGACUCUGAGGGUCAGGGGCCGAUCCCGCCCUCCGUCUCACCUGUGGAGAAGAGUUACUUCUUUAACAGCAACAACCCGUACAAAGACUGGCCCAGUGCCUUCGCCGAGGGCCAGGAGAAAGCCCGGGAAGGGGACCUGAACGCUGCCGUGCUGUUGCUGGAGGCCGCCAUCCUGCAGGACCCGCAGGACUCUGAGGCCUGGCAGGUGUUGGGGAUGACUCAGGCUGAGAACGAGAACGAGCAGGCGGCCAUCGUGUCCCUGCAGAGGUGUCUGGAGCUCCGCCCCAACAACCUGCCGGCGCUCAUGGCGCUUGCCGUGAGCUUCACUAAUGGCGGCAUGCAGCGAGAGGCGUGUGAUUCUCUGCGCCGCUGGAUCAGCCACAACCCCCGAUACAAACACCUGGUCCUGGAGCGCAGGAGCCCGCUGAGGGGCUCCCCGGCUACACCGCGCAGGGGCCCCCUCCCCUCCACCCCCGCCAGGUUGGAGCUGCAGGACGUGCUGCUCCUCUUCCAGGAUGCAGCUCUGUUGAAUCUGGACUGUGUGGAUCCAGACCUGCAGACCGGACUCGGGGUUCUCUUCAACCUAGGCUCAGAGUUCAACAAAGCUGUGGAGGCGUUCAGCGCCGCGCUGUCCGUCAGACCACAGGACUACCUGCUCUGGAACCGUCUGGGGGCAACGCUGGCCAACGGCGACCGCAGCGAGGAGGCGGUGGAGGCCUACACCAGAGCUCUGGAGCUGCAGCCCGGGUUCAUCCGGUCCAGAUACAACCUGGGGAUCAGCUGCAUCAACCUGGGAGCUCACAGGGAGGCGGUCAGUAACUUCCUGACGGCUCUGAACCAGCAGCGGCGGUCUCAGCGCUGCAGCAGUCAGCAGAUGUCGGCGAACAUCUGGGCGGCGCUGCGGAUCGCUGUGUCCAUGCUGGACCGGCCCGAGCUGUUCCAGGCCGCCAGCGUAGGGGACCUGGACCUGCUGAUGAGGGCCUUCGACAUGGGGGACGUCUGAGGUGAUGCGGAGACGUGGACGGUUUGGUUUGAAACCAAAGAGACGGCGCCGAAUGAAACCCUUUGCAAUAUAACAGCACAACCCUUUAGCUUCCUGUAAGAACACUGUGCGGCGCCACUGAUGGCCGACGACGAGGUCGGAGAGGACGGCGAGGUCAGAGGUCGGCGAGGCUGCAUUAUUUCAGGGCGUCGACUCGUCCUUCAGUUUAAACACGUGGCAUUAAAGCUCCAAGUUAACAGUUUAGAGAGAAACUUUAACCAGAGCCAGCUGUGAUGUCAUCAUGUAACACGGUGACUUCACUGCGUUACAGCUGUUUCUCUUUAAACACACAAACUUUAUCGUCUUUUAUAGUUGGUCAUAAUUUAGUCUAAAGCUUUAAUUUACCUCCUGUUCACUUGUUCAUUUGUUUGUUUAUUU